ACAAUGUUUUGCUUAGAAUAUCUUAUCGGUGUUUAUAUUACCAGCAAUUGGAGUCUAGUUAUAUUCAAAGUAGGCAUCACCAGUAGUCACUAUCUUAUCUCAAGAAUUUCGAUUGCUCAUUUGUACAGCCUAAUAAUCUAUUCAACCUCUUCGCAUAUUCAUGUUAUCAUCAUUGCUUCGAAAACGUUCAAAACUGAUAUCAGUUGGAUAUCGAAGUUUGCACGUGAGUGGUGCUAUGGAUCCCCACAUCAAUACCCUGAAAGCGUUGUUCCUCGGAGCCGUCAACUCUGUCAAACCGAAGGCUCUGUUUGAAUCGUUCCUGCGAGAUGACUCCAUCAAGGAACAACUCCACAUUCCGGGUAAACGCUACCAUGUAGUGGGUUUUGGUAAAGCAGUUUUGGGAAUGGCGGUUCAGAUUGACCGUAUACUUGGCGAAAGAUUGGCCAGUGGUUGUAUAAGCAUUCCGAUAGGAACCCUUGAACGGUUCAAAGAUGACUUCGAAUUUCAACUAAGCAAAAGCACAAACAUCGUUGUCAUCGAGGGUGCUCGGAAUAAUCUUCCAGACGUUAAAGCUGUAGAAGCUGCCAGAAAAAUCAAAUGCCUUGCUGAAGGAAUGACAGACGAUGACAUCCUGUGCGUUCUGGUGUCCGGAGGAGGUUCGGCCUUACUUCCACUGCCAAAAACUCCUGUUACUUUAGACGAGAUACUUUCUGUUAUAAAACUACUAGCUUCUGCGGGAGCAUCUAUCGAAGAACUAAAUGUUGUGAGAAUUCUACUAUCAGACGUCAAAGGAGGAAAGUUGGCUUUGGCUGCCAAGCACUCGCACAAAUUACUCAGUUUUAUAAUUUCCGACAUCGUUGGUGAUCCAAUUCCGCUGAUUGCAAGUGGUCCGACUGUUCAAGCUAACGUUACCAACAAAGCAGCAUUGAAUAUCUUGGAGAAAUACCAUCUGAGUGAUAAAAUGCCACAUUCUGUUGUAAAAAUUAUCCACCAUUCGGAUCCCAAGAGAAGUAAGGUCCCAGGCGAUAUACACUUAAUUGGUUCUAACAAAAUUGCAAUCGAGUGUGUCGUCAGUGAAGCAUCAAAGACUGGAAUUGUCGCUUUGCCACUAACAUCCAGUGUACAAGGAAACGUUGCACCUCUAGGCAAAGCCUACGCAGAAUUAGCAGCUAACAUAAGAAAAUUCCAGGACAACUCUACAGAAAAACAUGCUUUCAUAAAAACUGUAGCUCAGUUAGGAAAGUCACUUCACUACGACAGUUCAAAAGCUACAGAACUGGCCGAAAUAAUAUCGAACAACCCUAGAAAGGACUUGCUACUUGUUGCCGGAGGAGAGCCCACUGUGGUGGUGCAAGGUCACGGCUCGGGAGGAAGGAAUCAGGAACUCGCCUUAAGAUUCAGUCUGGAAUGCUGGCAGAAGCAGGAUCCAUCUCUUCAGGACGUGAUACUACUCUCGGCCGGUACGGAUGGAAUCGAUGGGCCAACGGAGGCAGCUGGAGCCAUUGGAGGAGCCGGAGUAGUGGAGCAGUUUAAUGCAAUGGCUAGUCAAAAGUUCGUUUUGGGCUUUAUCGAAGAUAAUGAUUCGAACACUUUCUACAAAUUGGUAGGAAAUGGAAAGUAUCAUAUCGUGACGGGACAUACCGGCACGAACGUAAUGGAUUUGCAUAUGUUGUACAUACCAUGGAAUAAGAAGUAAAUUGAAUUUUUUUUUGUAAAUAUA